AUGUCAGAACUUUUACAAGAUAUUCUAGAUUUCUAUUUACCUAAUGGACUUCCUUCGGAGGAGGAAAUAAAGAAGAUGACGGAUGACGAGAGAAACCAGCUAUUUGACGCUCAAAGUAAUGUAAUUUCAACUUUUAGAAGAAUGGCUAUCGCUAAAAUGAAUGAAAUGGAAUUAAGAAUUAUUAAAGCGGUUAAUACCCUUUCUAAGCCACCCAAAUUACCAACAGAAGAACCAAAAGAAACAGAACAAGUCGAAAAACAAGCUAAAAUUGAUAAUCAGCAAGUUAAACAAGCAGAAACGAAACAAAACAAGAGUAUUACAAAAACCCCCACAAAAUCACCAGCUAAAUCUUCAUCUAAAACUCCUAAUUCCAAAACUCCAAAUCAAAAGCAGCAAACACCACGCACACCAAGGCAGUCACAUAAUGCAACACCUAAGACAGGGAAAUUUACUGAAAAAACAACGAAAUUUAAAGAAAUUGAAGAUCAUCUUAAUUCAAUUAAAACUAAAGUCAUGCAGUCACCUCCAGCUAACCCUUAUAUUCAUUAG